AUGAGAGGACUCAAUGCCGGAGAUCCGAUCUGGUGUGGGGACAUGGUGACGCCACCCCCACUCCGCCACCCCCUCCCCCUCCGCCAUCCUCUCCCCUUCCGCGUGUUCCUGUGCCCUCUCCGCCCCCCUCUCCGACCCCCCUCUCCGCCCCCCUCUCCCCCACCGCGUGUUCCUGCGCCUCCUCCGCCACCCCCUCCCCCUCCGCGUGUUCCUGCUCCCCCUCCUCCGCCACCCCCUCCCCCUCCGCGUGUUCCUGCGCCCCCUCCUCCGCCACCCCCUCCCCCCCCGCGUGUUCCUGCUCCCCCUCCUCCGCCACCCCCUCCCCCUCCGCGUGUUUCUGUGCCCCCUCCUCCGCCCCCCCCAGCCGGUCGGUGUGGUCCUGCACCUCCUCCACCGCCUCCCUCCAUUCCAUCCCCUUCUCCCGUUCCCCCUCCCCAUACUCCCCCCGUUUUCACCCCCUACAACUCCCUCCCGCCGCCUCCUCCUAAACCGCCUCCUCCUCCGCCGCCUCCCCCUCCUCGUCAGUUCGCUCCCCCGCUGCUGCCUCACCCGCCACCUCCCCCGUUUCGUCUGCCCGCGCCCCAUCGGCAGCCCGCGUUCCUCUCCAACUGCCACCUUCACUCAAUCGCCGCCUCGCUCCGUAAUCUCCGCUCCUUAAACCUCGACACACCAGGGGAUUACACGGCAGCGUGCGUAGAGCACGUGGCCAGCAAGCUUCCACGCCUGAAGACGUUUUCGCUCUGCUCGGAUUCAAUCGACUGGGAGUCGCUGUCUCGCCUCCUCGCGCUCCUCCCGUCGCUGCAGCGCCUCUCUGUCAUAUCCUACAGCCUCCAGCCCCUUCCGGAGUACAAGCUCCGCGAGGCGGCACGCGCAGCGGCGGAGCAAGUAGGACGCGCGAGGGGGUCAGCCGAUGCAGCUGAUGUAGCUGCUGCUGCUGUGGCAGUUGCUCUGGCUCGCCUCUCCUCGCUCGCCGAGCCCGAACACCGACAACCCCUUCUCUGUGGGAGUGCGAGCGGCGAGGCGGCACUCUGUCAAACCAUCCGCUGCCUGCCUCUCCUGGACCGCCUCGCCCUCCCCUGGGCCUCAGACGCCCUUCUCCUGCAAAUCUCCCACUCCUGCCCGAACCUCACGGCCUUGCACGCGCAGCCGCUACCUCGCUUCGUCGCGGUCGGCCCGGCUGCUGCCAGGGCUCCUGAACUUCACGUUCUCUACUGGCCCUCCUCCUAUGCCAGGACGUUUCUCCAUGUCCCCCCCCCUCCCCUCCAACCGCUGGUCACCGAUGCUGGGGUGGUGGCUCUCGCGAACGGAUGCACGCGAUUGGUGCAGCUGAGUCUGGGCGGCUGUGAGAACGUGGGGCCAGUGGGGCUGCGCCAGCUGGCGAGGCGAUGCGGGUGGCUGGAGGUGCUGCGGCUGGCGCGGACGGCGGUGGAUGAUGCUGCUGUCGUGACGGCGCUGUUUGGCGACAGCUGGCGCAGCGGCGGCAUGGCUUUGAAUGCUGCUGUUGGCAGUGCUGCUGCCGCUGCUUCUGAGUGUACCCCUGAAAUUUCACCUGGUGCAGGCAGUGCUUCUGAAUGUACCGCUGAGCUUUCACCUGGUCCCAACGCAACUACUGGUGCAGGCAAUGCCUCCGGUGCGCCGCUGCAGCUGCAGCUGCCGCGGCUGGGUCUUCUGGACCUAUAUGAAUGCCCGGGGGUGUCCUCUGCCGUCCUGCUCGCUCUCUCAGCAGCAGCCAGGGAUCUUGCUGGUAACACGGAGAAGAGCAGGGAGGAUGGGUUGGCUCAAGUGGUGCAGGGCGAUGGGGAGUGUGCAGAGCAGGAGGCAAUUCCAGGCGAGGGUGUGGGGCAUGAGGAGGAAAGGAUGAGGGGGAGAGGGUGCUGUGGGCUGCGGGAUUUCAGGCUGCGGCGGCUGCUGGUUUCUCCUGGAGUGAUUGCUGGGGAUCGGUGGAGGGGAAGCAAGGAAGGUGGAAGCGAGGGUGACAUGGGCAGGGUUGAAGGUGAAGGGGGUGGCGAAAUUUGUUUCGAUAGUGUGGAGUUAAGGCGUGCUGGUAGGGAGGUUGGGAUGAUGCUGCCACGGUUGGUGGUGACUGGUAGAAGGACCGCGGAGCAUGUUUUGCCGUGGGAUGGUUUCUUUGGAGAGCGGCAACUUGCUGUUGCUGGUGGCGAUGACGAGGAUUGA